GAAGGAGGAGGUGACUUUGAACGUACAACAGUACGGUCGAACGGUCGGUUCUUGUAAAACAAUUUACAGGUCGAUCAGUCUUGCGGCAGGACUCGAUAGUUGUGGCAAGUCCAAAGUGUUACCUGUCGUGACUAAGGUUCAUAUACGGACUUGCGCACAUGUACACGUGUUUACUAUUUCUUUCAAUUAAGUACUCUAUUUCUUAAUGUGCUUCAAUAAUUAUUUUUAUAUUAUGUGUAUGCCGUGAAGUUGAAUUUUAUUUUAUUUCUGUGAUGAUGUUUAUAAGUGCACUUUAAGAAUUACUAGUUGCUUUUAAUCAAAUAAAAGCAAAAGGAUUGGAGUUGACAAUUGGAGAAAUUUUGGAAAAUAAACACUUGUAAUUUUUAAUCAAAUUCGAAUCAAUGACGGAAGAUACGCCAGAUCGGGGUUACAUCAAUCCAGCCAUUUCAAUUUCAAGUGAAUUGAACAUGGACAAUAAUGUAGUGGCACCAAGUCCAGUUCUAGCAACUCCAGGUUUAAACAGCCCUUCAUGGAACAGACAGCAAGCUGUCAGCGUGCGACAUGCUUUCAAAACUUAUGGAAGCAGCAAGAAUCCAAACCAUGUCAUACAGAACCUGAGUAUGACAGUGGCUAAAGGAUCAAUAUAUGGUCUUCUUGGUGCUAGUGGAUGUGGCAAAACGACUUUACUUUCAUGCAUCGUUGGACGAAGACGACUAAAUUCUGGAGAAAUAUGGGUCCUUGGUGGGAAGCCAGGAACGAAGGGAUCAGGUGUACCAGGCAAACGAGUUGGUUAUAUGCCUCAAGAAAUAGCUUUGUACGGGGAAUUUACAAUUCGUGAGACGAUGAUGUACUUUGGUUGGAUCUUUGGUAUGGAAACAGCUGAGAUUGUUGAAAGGCUGAGGUUUUUAUUACAGUUUUUAGAUCUCCCGUCGCAGAAUAGACUUGUAAAAAAUCUCAGUGGAGGUCAGCAACGACGUGUAUCGUUUGCAGUAGCAUUGAUGCAUGAUCCUGAAUUGUUGAUCCUUGAUGAACCAACAGUGGGUGUUGAUCCUCUUCUUCGUCAGAGCAUUUGGAAUCACUUGGUGCAAAUUACGAAAGAUGGAAACAAAACUGUCAUUAUUACGACACAUUACAUUGAAGAAGCAAGGCAGGCACAUACGAUUGGUUUAAUGAGAAGUGGACGGUUGCUUGCUGAAGAGUCCCCAAGAGCUCUUUUAACAAUGUAUAAUUGCCCAUCUUUAGAAGAUGUAUUCCUUAAAUUAUCAAGGAAACAAGGUCAAACGGCUCAACCAACAGUAGAAUUAAACAUAUCUAAUAAUAUCAGUUUGGCUUCCUUAAAUUGGGGUAAAAAAGAUGAACCAGUUUAUGUAACUGAAGAGUCUGGUGUUAUAGGAUUGAAUUUUCAUCAAAGUAAAGAAGUACUUAUUCAUGAUACAACAAAUGGAGUUGGCAGUCAUUAUGAUUUAAAUGGAAAACCAUUAUCUGGCGUGAGGAAAAACUCUGAAGGAAUGUGCCAUGACUGCGACGUUUCAGAUUGUUUUAACAUAACAAGUAGGGGUAAAAUAAGAGCAUUAUUACAAAAAAAUUUCCUUCGAAUGUGGAGAAAUGUUGGUGUGAUGCUGUUUAUCUUUGCCUUGCCAGUAAUGCAAGUAAUCUUGUUUUGUCUCGCAAUCGGAAGAGAUCCAACAGGUUUAAAAUUAGCUAUAGUUAAUCACGAAAUGAAUUGGUCAAAUAAAUCGUGUCCAAUAGCAGAUGGUUGUAAUUAUCGUAUGCUAAGUUGUCGAUAUUUGCAUUUUCUCGAUAACGAAACAAUGGUCAAGGAAUAUUAUGAGACUCCUGAGUUAGCAAUCGAAGCAGUGAGAAGAGGAAAUGCCUGGGGUACUCUGUAUUUUACGGAGAAUUUCACGGAUGCUUUGGUUGCUCGAAUGGGACUGGGUCGUGAUGCUGAUGAUGAAACACUUGAUCAAAGUGAAAUUCGAGUUUGGUUGGAUAUGUCAAAUCAACAAAUUGGUUUGAUUCUAUCUCGGAAUUUGCAAUAUUCAUAUCGUGAUUUUGCUAAAGAUUUAUUAGCGAAAUGUGAGCUGAAUACAAAACUAGCCGACGUUCCAAUUCAAUUCUUAGAUCCUAUUUAUGGAACUAAUGAUCCUAGCUUCACGGAUUUCGUAGCUCCGGGCGUUAUUUUGACCAUUGUGUUCUUCUUGGCUGUUGCUCUGACUUCGUCUGCCUUAAUUAUCGAACGAAUGGAAGGUCUAUUAGAUAGAAGUUGGGUUGCUGGAGUGUCACCCGGAGAAAUUCUUUUUUCUCAUGUUGUUACACAAUUUGUCGUCAUGUGUGGCCAAACAGCUCUCGUACUUAUAUUUAUGAUUCUCGUUUUUGGUGUGGAAUGUAAUGGCGACAUUGGUUGGGUGAUUCUGCUAACUAUCCUUCAAGGUCUUUGUGGAAUGUGUUUCGGAUUCGUCAUUUCAGCUAUUUGUGAACUUGAAAGGAAUGCUAUCCAAUUAGCAUUGGGUAGUUUUUAUCCUACAUUGUUACUCAGUGGUGUUAUUUGGCCAGUUGAAGGAAUGCCCACGGUUUUGCGUUACAUUUCACAAGGUUUACCAUUGACAAUGGCAACAACUUCUUUGAGAUCAAUGUUAACAAGAGGAUGGUCAAUUGGUGAACCAGAUGUGUACAAUGGCUUUAUCUCCACAAUAAUAUGGAUUGCUGUUUUCUUAACAAUUAGUUUGCUUGUUUUAAGGUUUAAACGUGGUUAGAUUUUAAUUGAGUGCUCAAUAAUUUGCAUUAUUCAUUAAAACAAAUCAAUAUAUUGAUUGAUGAAUUUUUAAGAAAUUAUUUAAAUUUUAUAAUUAUUCAUUCAAGCCAUGAAAUUUGGAAUAAUUAUUUGUUUGUAUAAUUUAUCAUUCCCAAGAGUUCAUAUGUAGGUAGAAUAAUUGAAAAAUUUUUAUAAUAUUUUUUGAUCAUCAAAGAGAUAUCCACGACAGGUUAGAUAAUAAUUAUUUUAAUUAGUUGUUAAUAUAUAUACUAAUCUAGUAUAUUUUUAUUAAUAAAAAUGGUCGACUAUAAAUACGUGAAUAGAGUAUUGAGUU